AUGUAUUCCCUGGCAUCCAAGCCGACCUUUCAGCCAAUUCUGUCUGCUGCACCUGGAGACACCACGUUCGACAAAUUCCAGGCAAUUGCGCGCAUGUUUUUAAUGGUCAUGUCAGUGUCCCACCAGGACCCUCAAGCCACGGCCAACAUGUGGGUCAAACUUUGCACGGCCAAAGCCGCAAUGUUAAACAUCGCGUUUGCCGGACUGCGCAACGAGAGUUCGAGCUCAUGUUCUCAUUGGGUGUUCCUGGAUGCCUGCCGCGACACGCACUAUGUGGUUUGGUCCGAAGGCUUUCGUAGAUAUAUCACGAAGGAGGCGAUGCACGGGUCCACUUGCGGAGGCGUCGUUUACUCGUGA